AUGUUUAAUAUUGUUCAUAUUAUUAAUAAUUGUCGAUCAGAGUUUCUUGCUGCACAUCAUGAUUAUAUAGAAAAAUUUCAAGUUAUUGAACUUCAACAAGAAUUAACAACAAUACAACUACAUUUAAUUCGUUUUCUUUUCUCCGAUUGUCUUGAAUAUAUAUGUGAAAAGCAUUCGGUAUGAAAAUAUAUUCCACUUAUUCAAUUGGGGAAUAUUCAAAGUUUAUUUGAUAUUAAUCCGUCAUCAUUAGCAAUUGAUGAUAAAAUUAUUGACUGUUUUUGUUUUUUGUGGAACUCACAUUACGUCUUUCUUUUCGAAGAAAAAUAGAAUAAGUGUAAGUUUUAGAGACACGCGACACAAAAAUUUAGACGUUUGCUGAAUUCUUACUCAUCAUGUUUUCAUUAGAAUCUAUUUCACAUUUCUCAUGGCAUCCUGAUGGUGAUCAUUUAUGAAUGCGGUCAUUAUAGACUUUUACUUUAAGAGUACCAACUAUGAGAGAUCAGACCCAUACUCAACGAGUUCUAUCGAGAACUAUGAUAAAAGCAGUUAUCUCAACUGGCACUAAAGUUUAUAUAGUUAAAUAUUGUAUGACUUUAAGUGUAUAAAUAAAAAGAAAACGAAUAUUGAAGAAGUUUUUAGAUGUGAUACGAUUCAACAGUGGAGUAAUUUUCUCUAGACAAAAACCCAUACUCACACCCUUUACAGGAAAUGGUGGAGGAAACUCAUCCGAAAAAAGUAAAGAAAGUCAAAGAUGAAAAAAAUAUGAAAAUCAUAUUAACUUCAAAAACAAAAACGGGUAAAAUUUGAUUUCUCAUGUAUUCAUUUAUAAUCUGGUAGAAAUUUUUCACUUCAAGUAUUUGGGAGGAGUAUAAUGAGACUAAAGAACACAUGUGAGUUCUACAUUAUAGUCCUCAACGA